CUUCCCGGGGCCGCGGGGGGGCCACGCCGCCUUACCCCGUCGCCUAAAUAAGGGCGGCGGCGGGGCGGUUGGGCGCUGCGGUCCGAGCUCAGGGUUUGCUGUAGAAGUGGCAGAACGGUCGUUAAUUCGGCAUGUCCACGAGCAGUUUGUAAUAGGGUCGUGUAAUCACAAAGAAGACGCAGGAGUAGGGGGAAAAUAUCUUGACGCCUUCCAGGAAUCUGGAGACUUUUCACUCUGCAAUAAUCAAUAAACAAGUGUGAAGCAUGAGGAUCAACUCUGCUCUUCAGGCUGCUAUUGAUCUCACAGCAGGAGCUGCAGGUGGGACAGCCUGCGUGGUGACUGGCCAGCCCUUCGACACAGCAAAGGUGAAGAUGCAGACAUUCCCUGACAUGUACAAAGGAAUUGUUGACUGUUUUGUGAAAACCUACAAACAAGUGGGAUUUCGAGGCUUCUACAAGGGGACCACACCUGCUCUGGUAGCCAACGUUGCGGAGAACUCUGUUCUUUUCAUGUGCUAUGGGUUCUGCCAACAAAUUGUGCGGAAAAUUGUUGGAGUAGACAGGAAAACAAAGCUCAGUGACCUACAGAACGCUGCCGCGGGCUCCUUCGCCUCUGCCUUUGCUGCACUUGCCCUGUGCCCCACAGAGCUGGUGAAGUGCCGGCUGCAGGCCAUGCACGAAAUGCAGUUGUCGGGAAAGAUAACGCAGGGACAGAAUACAGUUUGGGCAGUAGUGAAGAGCGUUAUCCAAAGGGACGGCCCCCUCGGGUUCUACCGCGGCCUGUCGAGCACCUUGCUGCGGGAAGUCCCCGGCUAUUUCUUCUUCUUUGGGGGGUAUGAACUGAGCCGGACGUUCUUUGCCUCUGGGAGAUCGAAAGAUGAAUUGGGUCCCAUUCCUUUGCUGCUCAGCGGAGGUUUUGGAGGCAGCUGUCUGUGGAUUGCUGUGUAUCCUGUGGACUGUGUCAAAUCUAGAAUUCAGGUUCUGUCAAUGACUGGAAAGCAAGCGGGCUUCAUGGGAACAUUUGUAACUGUUGUGAGAACUGAAGGUGUGCUUGCCUUGUAUUCUGGACUAAAGCCAACUAUGAUCCGUGCAUUCCUGGCCAAUGGGGCACUGUUCCUUGCCUAUGAGUACAGUCGGAAACUUAUGAUGAAACAGAUAGAUUCUUACUGAUACCUUCUAGCAAACAGAUCAACCCUUUAAAUAAACAAUCAAAAAGGACUCAUCAUGAUCUGAGAGCAUUACCAGAUCACUGACCUGAUUUUAGGAACUCAAUUCCAGUUUAGGAUUUGUAAUCUUUUAAAUUCUGAUGAUUUUUAUGGAGAGGUGUAUAUGCUUCUUGAAUUAAGCGGGCAGGACUGUCUCCAUCUUGCAGAUUCUGCACUGGGUAUGCUGCACAUCAUAAAUGCCUGCCUGUAAUGGUGCUAAAAAGACACAUUGGUUUUUAAUGUU